AUGUCGUUCCUCGGUCGGUCAGGUCCGCCUUCAGGCUCCGUCAACCCAGAGAGGGUAGAAAUGGCAAUGCAGGAGCUUGAUAUGAUUACAGACGUCUUCAACCGUCUCGUCUCGUCUUGCCACAACAAGUGCGUCAGCGCAAGAUACGCAGAAGGCGAUCUCAGCAAGGGCGAGAGCGUCUGCAUCGACCGCUGCGUUUCCAAGUUCUUCGAGGUCAACAAAAAGGUCGGGGAGAAGCUGCAGAGCAUGGGCGCUGGCCAGAGCGGCGGCAGUCAGAGCGCAUUCGGUUCGCUAUGA